CACACAUACUCACGCACACACACACCUCCUCCAGCUCCACCAUGGCCUUCUCCAACCUGUCUGCUUGCUCCAGCGACCUGAGCUACAGCAGCCGGGUUUGCCUGCCCGGGUCCUAUGACUCCUGCACCGACUCCUCCUGGCAGGUGGACGACUGUCCAGAGAGCUGCUGCGAGCCCCCCUGCUGUGCCCCCAGCUGCUGCGCCCCGGCCCCACGCCUGACCCUCCUCUGCGCCCCAGUGAGCUGCGAGUCCAGUCCCUGCUGCCAGCCAGCCUGCAGCAGCUCCUGCCUGGCCUUGGGCUGCCAGCAAUCUAGCUGCCAGUCCUCCUGCUGCACCUCCUCCCCCUGCCAGCAGGCCUGCUGUGAGCCGGUCUGCUGCAGGCCUGUCUGCUGCAGGCCUGUCUGUUGCACACCUGUCUGUUGCACACCUGUCUGUUGCACACCUGUGUGCUAUGAAGCCUCCCCCUGUUCUACCUCCUCAUGCUGCCAGCAGUCUAGCUGCCAGCCCUCCUGCUGCACCUCCUCCCCCUGCCAGCAGGCCUGCUGUGAGCCCGUCUGCUGCAGGCCCGUGUGCUGUGAGCCCGUCUGCUGCAGGCCCGUCUGCUGUGAGCCCGUCUGCUGCAGGCCUGUCUGCUGCAGGCCCAUCUGCUGUGAGGCCUCCCCCUACUCAGCCCCCUCGUCCUGCUGCAGACCCUCCUCCUCCGUGUCCCUCCUCUGCCGCCCCGUGUGCCGCCCCGCCUGCUGCGAGCCCCCCUGCUGUGCCCCCAGCUGCUGCGCCCCGGCCCCCCGCCUGACCCUCCUCUGUGCCCCAGUGAGCUGCGAGUCCAGCCCCUGCUGCCAGCCAGCCUGUAGCAGCUCCUGCCCAGCCUUGGGCUGCCAGCAGUCUAGCUGCCAGUCCUCCUGCUGCACCUCCUCCCCCUGCCAGCAGGCCUGCUGUGAGCCCGUCUGCUGCGAGCCCGUCUGCUGCAGGCCCGUCUGCUGCAGGCCCGUGUGCUGUGAGGCCUCCCCCUGCUCAGCCCCAUCCCCCUGCUGCAGACCCUCUUCCUCUGUGUCCCUCCUCUGCCGCCCCGUGUGCCGCCCCACCUGCUGCGUGCCCACCUCCUCCUGCCAGCCCAGCUGCUGCCGCCCAGCCUCCUCCGUGUCCCUGCUCUGCCAGCCCGUGUGCUCCCGCCCAGCCUGCUGCAUCCCCACCUCAGCCCUGGAGCCCUGCUGCUGAGCUGGCAUGUCCUCUCAGGGCCACCCAGGUGCUAUGGGCCACUCCGUCCCCCUCUGUUGCCAGCCUCUGGCCCCCUUCAGGAUCUGACCCAGACCUACAUGAACAUGCACUGACCUGAAACCCUAACAAGCAGGGCUUAGCCCACCUGCAGCCUCUGGGCCAGGCCCAGAUGAACCCAAGACAGCCCCAUGUUACUGAGGGUCCACAGGCUUCUCCCGACAGCCAUGGACACUGCUGUUCCCCCCAGCCUUUGGGGGCCUUUCUCUUCCUUGUCUCUGCCCCUCCUGUGCUGUGUACCGUCCUCCCACAAGGGUCCUGAGCUGAGUGAAUAAACUCGCCAUCCUCGCC